AUGUCCUCCAAAGGAGAUAGCAUCACUGAGUGCGAACUCGGCCAUGUCAUUGGUGAGACCUCUGCGGGCAUUGAUACGGCCUGGAAGUUUCUUGACAAGCAUCGUGAUACCCACGUGGCAGUGGACAUCACGGCCUUGCGUCGCAAGAUCGACUGGCGCAUCGUGCCACUGAUGUUUUGCUGUUAUACAAUGCAGUUUCUUGACAAGGUCAUCCUCAACUACGCAGCGGUCAUGGGCAUGACAAAAGACCUAAACCUCCAAGGCAAUGACUUCACAAACGUUGCUACUUUCCUAUUCGUGGCUCUGCUCUGCUUUGAGGUGCCGAACAUCUACUUCCUCCAAGUGGUACCCGCGGCCAAGUGGCUUGGUGGAAAUGUCAUCUUCUGGGGUAUUGCAACGGCCUGUGGUGCUGCGGCACACAACUACCAGACACUCCUGGUCUCACGAGUCUUUCUUGGAAUCUUCGAGGCAACCAUUGGCCCAUCACUGCUUCUGAUUAGUAGCCAGUGGUACACCAAGUCGGAGCAAGCCCCGCGUUUCUCCUUCUGGUAUCUUGGGCUCGGACUUGGACAGAUCAUUGGCGGUGCUGUAUCCUAUGGCUUCCAACAUAUCCUUCCUGGUGCCGCACUGGCAGGAUGGAGAAUCAUGUUUGUGGUGCUCGGAGCGUUGACUGUCGUCGUCGGCAUUUGCACAUUCAUCUUCCUCCCUGACACACCGAUGAAAGCACCCUGGCUAUCAGACGCCGAGAAGGUUGCGUUGCUGAAGCACAUCAGCGUCAACCAGACUGGUGUUGAGAACCGCAAAUUCAGGGUGAGAGAAGUUAUCGAGGCUCUCUGUGAUCCACAGCUGUAUCUGAUGGUUCUUUCCGUUGUUCUUCUGUCCGUUUCGAGCGGUGUUGUGACUACAUAUUCGUCCACCCUCAUCCGCAACAUUGGCUAUGACGCUAAACAUGCUGCUUUGAUGAACAUGCCCUCCGGUGCUGUCAGCAUCUUCUUCACACUUUUUGUCGGUUACGCUGUACGGAAGCAGUCUCAUCGCUGGGCAUGGAUCAUUGCUUGCAUAAUUCCUGCUAUCAUCGGUGGCGCUUUGAUGUCCUUCUUGCCUCAGUCUAAUAAGGCCGGCAUUUUGGCUGGCAUUUAUCUCGUGAAUGCAGUGGUCGCCCCCUUGACAGUUUUCUACAACUGGACAUCUGCAAAUUUUGGCGGCGCAACUAAGAGAGCAUUUGCGGCAGCGAUCGUUUCCGGAUCCUUUUCACUCGGUAACAUCAUUGGCCCUCAAACUUUCCAAGCUCGAGACGCCCCAGAAUACCGCCCGGCUAAGCUUGCUGUUAUGGGAACACAGGCUGGAUGCGCGUUCACCACGUUCGUAUUGUUUAUGUACUACGUGUGGGCGAACAAGAAGAGAGGCGCUCUCCCGGAGACGGAGGAAACGUAUCUGUCACCUGAAGUUUGGGCUGGCAUGACCGACAAGGAAAACAAGAGGUUCAGAUAUUCGUACUAG